CCCUGCUCUCGUUCCCAGAACCUUCAGUGGGGAUGACCCAACUUGACCCCAACAUGGCGGCGGAGGAGACUAAUUUUCACUGGGAGUGACUUCCGCCAGGUUCUGAAAAGCGCCAAGACCUUCUAAGUCGAACUUCAUUCACUAUACAGCUUACUUCUUGCUAGAGGAACAUACCAGAGAGCUUGGUGUUUCGUCAAUAUUUGCUGAGGGCGGAGAUGGCGAGGUACGUCUGGAUAGUUCUCCUCUGUGCCCUGAUCCUCCCGCUGGGCUGGACCAAGAAGGAGAUCCCAGAAGACAAGAAGAUGAAAAAGGACCUGCGGGAUUACACGGACGCUGACUUGGAGCGGCUGUAUGAGCAGUGGGAGGAGGAUGAGGAGCCACUGGAGGAGGAUGAGCUCCCAGAACACCUCCGUCCUGCCCCGAAGAUCGACCUGUCCAACCUGAACCCAGACAAGCCGGAGGAUCUCCUCAAGAUGAGCAAGAAGGGUCGGACCCUGAUGAUGUUCGUCUCUGUGUCCGGCAGCCCCACGCAGAAGGAGACCGAAGAAAUCACCCAGCUGUGGCAGUCCAGCCUUUUCAACGCAAACUACGAGGUGACCCGGUACGUUGUGUCGGACGACCGGGUCAUCUUCCUGCUGAAGGACGGCAGCAAGGCGUUCGAGAUCAGGGACUUCCUGGUUCAGCAGGACCGCUGCGCUGAGGUCAGCUUCGAGAACCAACAGUUCCCCGGAAAGGGCGCCCCACAGGGAGAGGAGGGAGACAACAACAGCGCUCAGACCAAGAGCAAAAAGUCAUCCAGUAGCAAAGGGAGUGGUGACGAAAACAAAACAAAGAAGAAGAAAACAGAACUAUGACAGGGAGUAAGCAAAGUCAAGGCAUAAGCUUGUAUCAAACUUGACAGCCAUUCCGUAGAGAAAUUUAGGUCUUGUAUUCUAUGCACAUCAUUUUUAUGUUUGAUCAAUAGGGAUAAAAUCACCUCUAGUCCUGGCACGUUUCAUAUAUUUUUUGUUAUACAGAAACUUUUUGUAAGAACUUCAGUCAAACAUGUUACUUCAAUAUCAUCCAACUAUUUUGAUUCAAUUUUUUUUCCCAAGCAGACAAGGUCACCCCUACUCCUCUCGAUAUGUGUAUUCUUUUAUGAGAGAAAGUUUGAAGUUUUUAAAAGUCUUAUGCCUGAAGCUCCCUCAUACAUGGGGUCACUGGCAAAGUGGUGCAGUUCAUGGAAAACCUUCUUCUGUGUUUAAGUACUGUGGCUCAGUUUUAUAGUUCAGUAUUUCCUACUCAAGUACAGUGUGUUGGAGCUGAUAAAGUGAAAAGCUUUGCAGAAAUAUGGACUACCGGUAAGAUGGGACUUCAUAAGUUCUUCAUGGCUGUCUCAAAGUUUCUUUUUUUUCCAUCCCGCUCAUUGGCUGGGAGCCUAUGUUGUUAAAUCUGUAAUUCUAUGCUUUCAAAAAUACAUUUCCAUCAGUUUCUAGUAAACAGCACAAGCAAUAUCCACUGAAUUUAGUGAAUGACUGACUUGAUGUAUGCCUUUUAUAUGAAUUCUGAAAGAAAAUCUAUUGAAUGAUUCAUGCACAAAAUACUCUAUCUAGUACAAGUAAGCAUAAUACAUCUUACAUUAAUGAAAUGUCUACACCAGAUGUAUUAGUACUCAAUAUGUGUAGCAUACAUGAUUUGUAGUCUCCAACUUGAUUCUGCUGGAGAAUUGUUUAUUGCCAAACAACUUGUCACCUAAAUAUGAUUCUACUAAAUAGAAAGGAUAAAAAUCAGUGUUUUUUUCUAGCACAUGUACUUCUGUAUACUGUUAACAGUGUCAGAGAACACAGUAGGAUUUUUUUAUUCCAACACAAAAGAUGUUAAUUCCUUACCUAGGUUUUGGUCUGAUUAACAUCAGUUCUUAUGAUUGGUGGCCCACCCAUCAACUUGAAGUAGUGAAUGAUUCUGGUAAGAUAGCCAUGCCUAGAAUCAAACUCUGAGCUUGCAAUGGGCAGGUUUAACCGACCUGUUAAUGUGGAUCAGAAAACUUAGGCGAGGAUGAUCUGUUGUUGUGCAUGAGCAAAUAUUUAGUUUUACUAUCUGUGGUUAGAUGCAGGAAAACCUUAGUCAUCCGCAAUCUUGUAAGUUGGUCAUAUUAAGUGCCUUAAGGUAAAAAAAUCUCCAAGCAGAUGUUAGUGGGGUAGACAUGGAAAGGGAUUUUAUUGGAGUAUCACUCUUUCCUUAAGAGGUAUAAGAUUCUUUAGAGUAACUAUUCCAGGAGAGAACACAGCAUAUACAUAAUGGAUUGAUAUGUGUCACGGUGUCACUCAGAAAUUUCCCCUCCAGUAUCUGCUUGGAGAUUGUUAAACGCCCUUCAGAAGGAAUGUGAACAUUCCUAAUAACUGGUACAGUACUGAGAGAUUUCUUAAGUUCCAUGAAGAAGUGAGGUGAGCAGGUCUCAUAGUUUUGUGAACUGUCAUACCUACACAGACCGAAGAGCACUUGUAAGGGCACUGGGAAAGAGCAGAGGCGUGUCUUGUUUGCAUGGAUACGCCCGCUAAUCUCAUUCCCAGGCCUGCAGUGAAGUAUGAAGGAGUGCCAUAUUGAAUCCCAAAGUGUGAACAAAGUGUAAGGAAGGAGUAUCCACCUCCUGUAUUUGUCUGGGACUGGGUGUCGUGAAUGACGUCAACUAACAUGCAAACUCCGAGGAGAGUGUAGUUGUGUGAUAGGCAGGGCCAGAAACCAUUGAGGAUAUGGGACCUCCUUGUUGAAACCAAGGGAGGCCAUUAAUGUGAAAACGGUUGCGAUUGUGCCGAUUAAAAGAUGAUUGACAGUUA